UGAAAUCCAUUUACCUGGUGAAUGGGAGAAAGCAAAGCGUGUUAUUGAACUCAUGUUAGAUCCCAAAUGUGGACAUCACCGUCCUCCUCUGAGGUCAGCUGACGUCAGCCCCAGAGGAGGGAUGGACCGCAGUCCCUCAGCAUCUGUGCUCAGAUCCGAACAUGUCAGUGAGUCUGUGUGGCUGCAGAGACAGCAACCCCUCCUCUCAGCCGCAGUGAUCGAAGUGAUGGGGGGUCCUUCUGUUCCCGCGCAGCUGCGCUGAUGGAACCAGAGCGCGCAACCGGAUCCAUGGAGCGACUUUCCGGCGUUUCUUCCACCGACUGACUUCAUGGAUGAACCGAAGAGAAUUUCUCCAGGCGGUCACACACUCUUUCUGGAUCUUGGACGGUCUGUGCCUCUGAGGAGAAGCUGCUGCAGCUGAUGCUGACUCAUCCAUGAACUUCUUUAAACUUUCUCAGCUUGAAAGCUCGCAGCUGCGGCUCCGGCGGUCACCCUAAACUUUUUUUGUACUGCCUUAAACGGAAAUGGCCAACAGUUCUUUCCAUUACCCCUCUAUUCUCCACAUGGAGUUUACUCCUGUUGUUGACAUUGUGGAAGACAAUGAGACAAACUCCACGACUGGGGAGCGCAACUUGUUGGGCUGCGUUCAGAUCCGCAUCCCGCAGGAGCUGUUCCUGGCUCUGGGACUCAUCAGCCUGGUGGAGAACAUCCUGGUGGUUCUGGCCAUCAUCCGGAACCGCAACCUGCACUCUCCCAUGUACUACUUCAUCUGCUGCCUCGCCGUAUCUGACAUGCUGGUGAGCGUCAGCAACGUGGUGGAAACCAUCGUCAUGCUUCUGACUGACCACGGCCUGCUGGACGUGCACCCCGGGAUGCUGCGGCACCUGGACAACGUCAUUGACGUGAUGAUCUGCAGCUCCGUGGUGUCGUCCCUGUCCUUCCUGUGCACCAUCGCCGCGGAUCGCUACAUCACCAUCUUUUACGCGCUGCGCUAUCACAGCAUCAUGACCAGUCAGCGCGCCGUCGUCAUCAUCGUCCUGGUGUGGCUGGUCAGCAUCAUCUCCAGCAUCCUCUUCAUCGUGCACGACACCGACCACGCCGUCAUCGUGUGCCUCAUCACCUUCUUCUUCACCACUCUGGUGUUCAACGCCGUGCUCUACCUGCACAUGUUCAUCCUGGCGCACGUCCACUCCCGCCGCAUCACGGCGUUCCACAAGAGCAGGCGCCCGUCCACGAGCAUGAAGGGAGCGAUCACGCUCACCAUCCUGCUCGGGGUCUUCAUAGUAUGCUGGGGCCCUUUCUUCCUCCACCUCAUCCUCACCCUGGCCUGCCCCACCAGCCCCUUCUGCAACUGUUUCUUCAGAAACUUUAACCUUUUCCUCAUUCUGAUCAUCUGCAACUCGCUCAUCGACCCGCUCAUUUACGCGUACCGCAGCCGGGAGCUGCGGAAAACACUCCAGGAGAUGCUCGUGUGUUCCUUCUGCUUCAGUGUGUGACAGAAGAACUUUUUGCGCAUAGAAGUGCUGGAACUUUUACGCAAAGGCAGAAAAAUACUAUAACCUUUUGCGCAAAGAAAGAAAACAUUUGGAACUUUUUGUACAAAGACAAAAUUGUUGGAACUUUUUGCGCAAAGACAGGAACACAUGUUGGAGUGUUUUACGCAACGAAAGAAACAAAUAUUAGAACUUUUUGCGUAUAAACCGAAGCAUGAUUUGGUCACAUCACUGCGCUCAAGCUUGAUACAACAGUUUUUCCUCAUAAGAACUCCAGAAAUGAAACUCAUAGCAGUUUCACUGUAAUGUCUUAAGUUGUUUUUGUGUUAAUUUUGCCCUCUAUGCUGAUUUUUUAUAUAAGACUCAAAUAAGUUUCAGACCCGAUGCUAAUUUUAAGCAUAUAUGAUUAGUGCUUUCCAGCUCCGAUUUCUUGAAAAUGUUCAUGUUUUCUGUAAAGAAAAAAAGUGGAUUACCUGCGUUAACAUUUAGAGCAUGUCUUUAAAAAAUAAGCAAAAAAGAAAGGUGCUCUGUCUGUUUAUCUAUUUAAGUUACUGCACUGACACAUUUCAAAAUGAGAAAACCGAAGAUGUUUAAGGUCUGAAUGAGAGAUGGAACGAGAUUUUGAAGAGCAUGUUUUUGAAAUUAUAUUUAUUAUUUAAAAAACUGUUAAAAUGGUAAAAGAAGAAUGUUAAUAAAGAGUUAAUUUUCUGUGUU